CACAUAAAGCAUAUAGCUAUGCACUUUUAAUUAGUGGCCUUUAUAAAAGCAUCUUAUAAUAGAAUACCCUUUGCACAUUAAAUCAAUCCAAUCCAUAAAUAAACCUUCCACUCUAUUCCAUCAUCUUCUUCAUUUUUCCUUUCAUAGAAUUUAUACCUAAAUAUAUAUAUAUUUAUAAAAUAUAUGGCUUCCUCCUCAUCUCUAAUUAGCAACAACAAUUCCAUCCAAGAGGAUCAUGAUCAUCAAGUUGUUGAUGGAAAAUUUAUACCAAGUCAAGAAUUUGUUCUGCAAAAACAUGCUGCAUUCUUUGAUCGAAACCAUGAUGGAAUUAUUUAUCCUUGGGAGACUUUCCAAGGGUGUCGAGCAAUUGGGUGUGGAAUUGCUUUGUCAACAGUAGCUGCAAUCUUCAUCAAUGUUGGUCUCAGUUCUAAAACUCGACCAGGAAAAUUUAUUCAUCCACUUUUUCCAAUAGAGAUAAAAAACAUACACUUGGGUAAACAUGGAAGUGACUCUGGUACCUACGAUACUCAGGGAAGGUUUGUUGGUGAGAAAUUUGAAGAGAUUUUCAAAAAACAUGCAAAGACAAAUCCAGAGGCAUUGACAUCAAAAGAACUGGAUGAGAUGCUACACACUAAUAGACUCCCCAAAGAUUAUCCUGGAUGUUGUUAUAUAUUGUAUAGGAUUGGUGCCUUUUCAGAAUGGAAGAUACUAUAUUUGUUAGCAAAGGAUAAGAACGGUUUGCUUCACAAGGAUAAAGUUAGAGGAGUUUAUGACGGAACCUUAUUUGAGCAGAUGGAGAAGGAACACUCACAUCAAUAUUCCAACAAAAAACUAUAAUAUUUAUUGAUGAUAGAGAUGAAGCUUGUGGUUUGGUGGUGCAUGCAUAUGAUAUUGUGUAAUAAAGUAAACAGUGUUCGUUUGCGUGUGAUGAUGAGCUUUAUUAUUAAUAAUAAUUAUAUAAACUCAUAAUAUAUAGUUUUUUCUCUCU